AUGGCGGCGACAUUAGAUGCGAUCACAGGAACCGUGGACGAGACUGCUGGCUUGGUCCGAGGAGUGGGCGACACCACUGCAGCCACGCUUGGAGCUACCUUGCGCCUUACUGGUGGUCUCACACGCGGCCUCGGUCAGGCUGUGCAGACGUUUGGGGAGACGCAAGUGAUCAAACAUGGGCCCCUCGCAGCACCAUCACGGGUGUUUGCUGGUGUCUACAGGAUAGCAGGUGCAGUCCUCACAGGAGCUGGCAACGCAACUAUCGGUCUUGGUGGCACUGUCGAGGGCAUCACAGCAGAGGCAGCAAAGGUCGCCGAGGACAGCGUGAAGGUUCUGAGCGAGCCGACCAGGAGCCUUGGAGCUGCACUGCGUGGCCAGAGCCGGCAGCCGCUGCCUAAAGACGAUGAUGGCGCGGCCGAGGAAAGAUCGCUUCCUUCGGCCAGCAGCUACCUAGUCACACGGCCCAGGCAGCGGCGCGUCGCGGAGCGGCUGGCACGACGGCUGCUGCGAGAUGCUUUUGGAACUCCCAGUGAGAGGACGGUUGCGCUGGCUCCGCCUUUGACCUUGGCUUUGAUGGUGGCAUGGAUGCUCGGCCGUUCAAGUCGAGCUCCCAAUGGUGUCAGAUCAGGGUCUUCAUAUACAGAGCAUCUACAUCUGGAGCCACUGAUAUCGGAGAAUGGCGACGCCAGCCGACAAGUCUCCGAAGACUCCCAGGCGAGAUCUCGAAGUGCCAAGCUUCGCAGGCUCCUGCGGCGUGUGAGGUGUCGCCGGUGUCGUCCAGGAGUUUGGCUCCACUGUGCUGGCCUGGCGAUGCUGCUGACUGUUGUGCUGAGCGUGGAUCAGGAACAGCAGCGCCGGGCAAGAAUCAUUGAGCAAGGCUUGGGGGUUUACAGCGGUGUCACUGAUGAAGAGGAAAGCAUUCGAUGGUUCAACAUGGUCGUCUCUGCUGUUUGGACACCACUGCAGAAAUCCGUUAGCGGGCUGGGUGCUGAGCUGGCGGCAAUGUUCACUUUUCAGAUGACUCCGGGAGAAGACGAUGCACUUAGCAUCGCCUUUGAGAAUGUCACUUUUGGCCUGAACCCGCCUGUGCUGGAUGCCGUUCGCACGCCUUGCGAAGGCGCCGAGCAGGCGCUGCACGAGGCCAUGGAAAAAGCACGGGACACUCGAGGGGGCCUCAGGCCGCAAGUGGUGAUGAUGGAGGCAGAUCUUCUCUGGGUUGCGGAUCGUGAGUUUGAGGUGCUGGUGAAAGCCAGCGCGAGAUCUGCUGUUCGAAGUUCCCUCUCGCUUUUUCCACAACUGCGGGUUCGCCUUGGGGAUUUGGUCUUCGGGCCCGUGCCUGUGGCGGUGGCCAUGGAGGCAGCCCCGCAGGGGUAUCCGUACGUUGGCUUGGUGGCUCUGACGUUCGUCUCCGAGCCAACAGUGGACUUCUCCAUUACGCCCGAGAACAUCCUGGGCGGCGCCGUGUCAGCUCUGCCGCUGCUGAGGGAAGCACUGGUCGCUGGCCUGGUCUCAUCCUUGCCGCUCCUCACCGACGACCAGGUCUUAGUGUAUGAUCUCGGUGAGUACCUCGCCCCCGGAUUAUUUCCGGAGCCAACGCCGGCCGAGGAUACAGAUGUCGAGAAGCCCGGCAAUCAGCACACGCGCAGUGGCUUAUUCCAGUGGCUGUUCAGACCCCGGCUGUGGCGUCAAAGGAGAGCCUCUCCAGCUUAA